AUGAAGAAUGCUGUAGCGCUGCUGUUGCUGCUUGCGCUGUUGAGCUCCGCGCACGCGGUACUUGAGGAGGACAGAACGGACAUAUUUCCGGGCUACAAGGAAGAGGGAGCUCCCCACGCCUGCAACGAUGAGCUGCCCGAGGUGGUGUGCAAAGACUACAAGGAGGCAAAUAUGUGCGAGACGAGCUAUGUGAAGAAGGCUUGCCAGCUCACCUGCGGGGCCUGCACCAGGCAGCACGACAGGCCGCCAGAGCCGAUGUGGGCACGGUGA